AUGAAAGAAGUGAUGCAGCUGUUCAUCAGCAAGCACAUGCCGGGCGAGGCAACUUGGGUGACUUUGGAGACUUUGACAGAGUUUGGCACCGGGCACAAGCAGCAGAAAGGAAUCCUGAAUCGGAACUACCUCGGUCCACACGCUGCCAGAAUAGCUCAGGUCGGCUGGGCUUACUAA